UCAAAACUUUAAUGUACCCUUAAUUUACAUAAUAUAAAAUUUCAAAAAAUUAUCAAUAUAAGUUAAGAAGAACCUGAUGACAACAUAGUUAUUUUCUCAUUUAAUUAUUUUUGAAGAAAAGGCUUUUCUUUUUUAUCCUGUUGUGAUAUAGUACUACUAUAGUAAUCUGUGCAUAGAUUGUUGGCUGUCUCUGUUAAUAUAGUUUGUAUUAGAAUUUAUAACAAAGCACCUUAGUUGUUGCUAUUAUUAAAUAACAUUAAAAUUCAAUUCCUUCCUCAAAAAGAAAAGAACAAAUAUAUUUCAUAUUCAUAGAGUUUCAAGUUACUGUUCGCGCGAAUUUUCUCCACUCCUCUGAUCACUCCUCCAGCACGCGAAGCUUUUGAGGUGUUCGAUGAAAUGCUUCAACGGCAUGGCUGUGCUUUCUUUCCUCUGAACCUGCAUUUUCUUCUAUUCUGUGUCUGAUUUGACGACGCAUUGAGGUCUUGUUAAUUCUUUUAUGUGCAAUGUCACGGCGGCUUUCACUCGUAUACAGAACUCACAGAUUAUUGAGAAGUGCAUAUUCGCCAUCAUUCACUAAUCAUGUUGCAGCAGCGCCUUAUCCAGUUGCUUUUAGUUGGUAUAAAAUGCAGGCCUACCCCUCUUUCUUAUCGAGCAGAAAUAUUCUCAUCAGCCCGCAUUUUUCAUGGCAUGAAAUUGUGACUGGAUAUUCACUUACGUUUAGGCCCUAUUGCAGUUUAGAGGAAUUUGAUUUGGCCAAGCCAUCUUCCACAGAUGGAACUGAUCAUGCUGAUGAGGUCUAUAAAACCGUGUUGGAUUGUGCAAGGCCCGAGUACAAAAUGGAGGCCGCUCUUGAUGAACUUGGCAUUGAAUUGACAACACCUUUGGUUGUAGAGGUUUUACACAGGCUUCGAUUUGAGGAGAAGUUAGCAUUCAGGUUCUUUAAUUGGGCGGGGCACCAAGAACAUUAUAGUCACGAGCCCGAAUCCUAUAAUAGAAUGAUUGAAAUUCUAUCUAGUACUAAGUACAAGGUGAAGCAGUUUCGUAUCAUCUGUGAUCUUCUUGAUUACAUGAAAAGGAGCGACAAAAGCUCGGUUCCCAUUGAUGUGUUGCUGUCCAUUUUGAGACGGUAUACUGAGAAGCACUUGACGCAUCUUCAGAAGUUUGCAAAGAAGAAGAAGAUACGCGUGAAGACACAGCCUGAGAUAAACGCGUUCAAUUUGCUGUUGGAUGCUAUGUGCAAGUGUGCUCUCGUUGAGGAUGCUGAGGCAAUGUAUCAGAGGGUAAGAAGCAAGGUCAUGCCGAAUGCUGACACGUAUAACAUUUUGUUCUUUGGAUGGUGCAGGGUUAGAAACCCGACUAGAGCUAUGGGCGUGCUCGAGAAUAUGAUCAGUAUGGGUCAUACGCCCGAGUAUUUCACAUACAACACUGCCAUUGAUACCUUCUGUAAAGCAGGGAUGCUGAAAGAUGCUGCUGAGAUUUUGAAGUUCAUGAAGACCAAAGGUUCAACCAUGUCUUCUCCUACUGCAAAAACAUAUGCUAUUAUGAUGGUAGCACUUGUCCAGAACGACAGAAUGGACGAGUGCUUUGUGAUUUUAGCAGAUAUGAUAGCUAGUGGAUGCCUUCCUGACGUGUCCACGUACAAAGAACUGAUUGAUGGCAUGUGUUCAUCUGGAAAAAUCGAAGCAGCUUAUAGGUUUUUGGAAGAGAUGGGACGGACGAGCUACCCUCCUGAUAUUGUCACUUACAACUGCUUUCUCAAGGUUCUAUGUGAUAACAGGAACAGUGAAGAGGCACUUCGUCUUUACCAGAAAAUGAUCGAGGUGGGAUGCACACCCAGUGUGCAAACGUACAACAUGCUGAUUGUGAUGUUUUUCAAGAUUGGUGAGUCUGAUGGUGCCUUUGAGGCUUGGAGGGAGAUGGAGAGAAGAGGUUGUGCUCGUGAUACUGAUACCUACUGCGUGAUGAUUGAGGGACUAUUCGGAUGCAAUAAUACCAGGGAUGCGAUUUCACUUUUGGAGGAAGUUAUAGACAGGGGGAUGAAAUUGCCCUUUAAGAAAUUUGACACAUUUUUGAAGGAGCUCUCUGCAGUUGGUGAUCUCCGUGCCAUCAGUAGACUGUCAGAGCAAAUGCGUAAAUUCUACAAUCCUGCAAUGGCACGUCGUUUUGCUGUGAAUCAGAAGCGUAAAAGUAUGAGCUUGAGAGCAAAGUGAGUGCUGCUUAAAUGGUUUUCUGUAAACUCACAAUGGCUGGUAUGAGAUCUCUACAUGUGCCAUUUGCUUUCUUAUACGUAGUAUAAACUUUGGCAUGUUUUCUUCAUCAUGUAGAUUUAUCUUCUGUGUAGUUUGCAAUGAGAUGGUUUAUUGAGGAACUAAAUAACAUCUCAAGCACGCAUAGUGAAGUAAUGUCUGUCUUCUCCAGGAAUUUAAUCCUUUGUUAUAACUUUAGCAAAUUCAAAUUUCUUCAAUUUUUUAUUUGGUUGAAUC